UUAUACGAAAUUGAUCAAUUGUUAUUAUUUUGUCUUUUGGAUUGUAGUGUGCUGUCAUCUGCUAAUUCUUCACAAUUACUUUACACUCCCCAAGUCAAGAAUGAGCUCAUACCAAAAAUUAACCAAGAGUUUGACAGUUUAGAGAACGUUCGAAAAUUUUACAACCGUUAUGGUAAAGAAGGUGGAUUUAGUACCCGAGCACAUUCUAGUAGAAAGAAUUCGGACAAUGUAAUCGUUAGGAAGGAGUUUUGUUGUUUCAAACAAGGGGUGAGGGUCCAAAAAAGUACUCAACCAAAGAAACGGCGUCGGGGGCUAACUAGAGAGAAUUGUCAUGCAAAAUUAGCUGUUGUGAGGAAGGGGGAAAAGUAUGUUGUCUCCCAAUUUUUCGAAAGUCAUAAUCACGCACUUACGUCUCCGAGAAGGGUGCAUUUGCUCCGAUCCCAUCGCAAAGUGUCCGCUGCCAAAAAAGCUUUAAUAGAACAACUUUCAGCAGCAAAUGUGCCAACUUGUCAACAAAUGACUCUAUUUGAGUUGGAAUCGGGAGGUCUUCAAAAUGUUGGAUGUUCACAACAAGAUCUUUAUAAUUAUAAAAGGAAUAUGAAGAAAACGGUAGACGGACAUGACGCCAAUAUGUUGUACGAGUACUUUGAGACUGAAAAAGUAAAGAACGACGGUUUUACUUAUACAAUCGAGAAAGAUGAUGAGGGGAGGAUGACAAAUUGUUUUUGGGCAGACGCAACCGCUAGAAAGUCGUACCAGUAUUUUGGGGACGUUGUGGUGUUUGAUACUACGUAUAACACUAACCGUUAUUCUAUGAUUUUCGCACCGAUUUUAGGGGUUAAUCACCAUAGGCAGACUACUCUUUUUGGGUGUGCAUUUUUAUGUGAUGAAACAGCUGAGACUUUUGAGUGGCUUUUUAAGGAAUGGUUGAAAGCAAUGCCCGCAGGCCCUCCCAAAAUGAUCAUAACUGAUCAGGAUCCCGCAAUGACAAAAGCAAUUGGUAUUGCUCUUCCGAAUACGCAUCAUAGGUAUUGCAUGUGGCACAUUACGAAUAAGUUUUCAGAAAAAUUAAGUGCGUUGUCCUACAAAGAAUAUUAUGAGGAGUUUAAGAAUUGUAUAUGGAAUUCCGAGACCCCUGAACAGUUCGAGGCUGGAUGGGUAGAGGUGAUAAAUAAAGCUAACUUAUCCGGCAAUGAUUGGUUACAAAACUUGUACGAAAUUCGUGAGAGAUGGGUUCCUGCAUACGUGAGACACAUUUUUUCUGCCCACAUGACUAGUAGUCAAAGAGCCGAAAUUACUCAUUCAUUCUUCAAGAGGUAUGCGUCUAAAGAAAAUUCAUUGUUGGACUUUGUGACGCGUUUUGGGAGGGGACUUGCACGUAUACGCCAUAAUGAGUUGGAUAGGGAUCAUAAAGACGUCAAUGAGAGGCCCAACUUGAAAUCUAUGUACCCCAUGGAGUCGACAAUGAGUGAACUGUAUACAUUUAAGAUAUUUUACAUGUUUCAAGAUGAGCUCUUUCAAAAUACUUCUUAUAAGGUGAUGGCAACAAAUGAGGAUGAACAUCGGGUUGUGUAUGCCGUUCAUAGGAUAAAGGGGAGUGGUUCGAGGGUUCGUGAAGUUGUGGUAGAUAAGUCGUCAAACCAUGUCCGUUGUAGUUGUAAGAUGUUUGAGUGUGCCGGAAUUCCUUGUCGGCACAUCUUGGCUUACUUUUCUAGAAUGCAAAUAGAAGAUUUGCCUAAUGAAUACAUCUUGUGGAGGUGGACAAAAUCAGCGAAGGCUAUGCGAGUUAGAGAUGACUUGAGUUCAGGCAUGAAACAAAUAUGUGACACGCCUUUGUUAGAGUGGCGAAAUAGACUCUUCCAACUUGCUUCUACUUUAAUUGAUGAGGCCGUAGUAACUGAGGACGGAACACAAUUUGUGGAAGAACUUUUGAGUUCGGGUCAAAAGAAGCUGUGUGACAUGAAAAAAGUAAGCGAAGAUGGUGAAGGGAGUGCUAUCCAAGUGUCGAUUAUUCGUGAUCAUGGUUUGAAAGAACCGCUUCAAGUGAGAGCUAAGGGUUGUGGUAAACGACUCAAGGGAGGGAAAGAAAAGGCUGCCAAGAAAGCUAAGCGUUGUCAUGGUUGUGGGUUAACAGGGCAAUCGCACGACAAAAAGAAUUGUCCAAAACUUCUCAGCACAUCUUCGCAAAAUGCUGAGUUGAAUGAUGAAGACGACGACGACGAAGAUGACGACAACGACGACGAUGCUUGAUGGAUUGGUGUAGCAGUUUGGAACUACUGUUGGGGCUUUUGUGGUUGCAUUGCAUGUGGGCUUUUCUGAUUUUGUUGUGAUGUCAUUCUGAAACUUCUGAUCUUGUUGGUUUUGGAUAACGUUGUGGUGAAAUGUUGUUUUCUUUUUUUGCGUGGGUUGUAGAACUGCUUUAGUUAUUUGUGAUUAUGCUUUGAACCUUGGCUUACUGGUUUGUUCUUUUUCUCCACUGAAUAAAGGCUUCCUAGAAGAUGAAUUUAAAACAACCGACGAAGGCAAAAAUGAUUUUGGAAAAGACCAUCAGUUUCCACUUUUUCCCAAAGAGGAGGAGAUGAGUGAGGAAGAAUUGGAAAAAAUGAUGGAAGAGCGUUACAGGGCAAUCGCACGACAAAAAGAAUUGUCCAAAACUUCUCAGCACAUCUUCGCAAAAUGCUGAGUUGAAUGAUGAAGACGACGACGACGAAGAUGACGACAACGACGACGAUGCUUGAUGGAUUGGUGUAGCAGUUUGGAACUACUGUUGGGGCUUUUGUGGUUGCAUUGCAUGUGGGCUUUUCUGAUUUUGUUGUGAUGUCAUUCUGAAACUUCUGAUCUUGUUGGUUUUGGAUAACGUUGUGGUGAAAUGUUGUUUUCUUUUUUUGCGUGGGUUGUAGAACUGCUUUAGUUAUUUGUGAUUAUGCUUUGAACCUUGGCUUACUGGUUUGUUCUUUUUCUCCACUGAAUAAAGGCUUCCUAGAAGAUGAAUUUAAAACAACCGACGAAGGCAAAAAUGAUUUUGGAAAAGACCAUCAGUUUCCACUUUUUCCCAAAGAGGAGGAGAUGAGUGAGGAAGAAUUGGAAAAAAUGAUGGAAGAGCGUUACAGGGCAAUCGCACGACAAAAAGAAUUGUCCAAAACUUCUCAGCACAUCUUCGCAAAAUGCUGAGUUGAAUGAUGAAGACGACGACGACGAAGAUGACGACAACGACGACGAUGCUUGAUGGAUUGGUGUAGCAGUUUGGAACUACUGUUGGGGCUUUUGUGGUUGCAUUGCAUGUGGGCUUUUCUGAUUUUGUUGUGAUGUCAUUCUGAAACUUCUGAUCUUGUUGGUUUUGGAUAACGUUGUGGUGAAAUGUUGUUUUCUUUUUUUGCGUGGGUUGUAGAACUGCUUUAGUUAUUUGUGAUUAUGCUUUGAACCUUGGCUUACUGGUUUGUUCUUUUUCUCCACUGAAUAAAGGCUUCCUAGAAGAUGAAUUUAAAACAACCGACGAAGGCAAAAAUGAUUUUGGAAAAGACCAUCAGUUUCCACUUUUUCCCAAAGAGGAGGAGAUGAGUGAGGAAGAAUUGGAAAAAAUGAUGGAAGAGCGUUACAGGGCAAUCGCACGACAAAAAGAAUUGUCCAAAACUUCUCAGCACGUAUGUGUUCAAUAUUUGUAAUCUAAAUUUAAUUAUUUCAUUGUUUGCAUUUUAAUUCCUCUCUUUUUUUGUUAGAUCUUCGCAAAAUGCUGAGUUGAAUGAUGAAGACGACGACGACGAAGAUGACGACAACGACGACGAUGCUUGAUGGAUUGGUGUAGCAGUUUGGAACUACUGUUGGGGCUUUUGUGGUUGCAUUGCAUGUGGGCUUUUCUGAUUUUGUUGUGAUGUCAUUCUGAAACUUCUGAUCUUGUUGGUUUUGGAUAACGUUGUGGUGAAAUGUUGUUUUCUUUUUUUGCGUGGGUUGUAGAACUGCUUUAGUUAUUUGUGAUUAUGCUUUGAACCUUGGCUUACUGGUUUGUUCUUUUUCUCCACUGAAUAAAGGCUUCCUAGAAGAUGAAUUUAAAACAACCGACGAAGGCAAAAAUGAUUUUGGAAAA